AGGAGACGCUGAAGAAUGAUCGGACAUGGCUGCUGAGGCCUGUUAUCUCUGAAGGGCCAUGUCAGAAGGAGGAAGCAAGGACAGCUCGGGCAGCGAGUGCCCUGUGUGCUAUGAGAAGUUCCGGGAUCUGGACGGCGCCAGCAGGACGCUGAGCUGCGGCCAUGUGUUCUGCCAUGACUGCUUGGUCAAGUACCUGCUCUCUACCCGAGUGGAUGGACAGGUGCAGAGGACUAUCGUCUGCCCCAUCUGCCGCUAUGUCACCUUCCUCAGCAAGAAGAGCUCCCGCUGGCCCUCCAUGCUGGACAAGAGCUCACAGACCCUGACUGUGCCUGUGGGCCUGCCCUCCACGCCCUCACCAGACCGCGGAGGCCACACAAACCCCCUGGUUAUUUCCCACCAGGUCUGGAGACAAUCAUCAAGCCAGGGGUCUCAGGUCCCCUUGGACCUGCUGCCCAGCCUGCCCCGAGAAUCACAGAUUUUCAUCAUCAGUCGCCACGGGAUGCCGCUGGGGGAACAGGACAGCGUGCUGCCCCGACGCAGCCUGGCAGAGAUAUCGGAGGCAUCCCCGGCUCCCAGCGCCACCCGCUCUUUCUGCUGCCGGUCUCGUGCCCUCCUGCUCAUCACCCUCAUUGCUGUGGUGGCUGUGGUAGCUGCCAUCCUGCCCUGGGUGCUUCUGGUGAGGAAGCAGGCCUGA